AUGCUUUGCGUGGACCUGGGCUGCAUCGGCCUCUGCUCUCUUGGGCCGCAAGAGCUGAGCUGGGCCGUUGCGAGCAUUUGCCAGGCGUACCCCCUGGGCCUCGAAGGCUUGAACCGGCGGAAAUCCCGAACGGAGCGACUCUACGGCAUGGCUGCGACUCUCUGGGUUCAGCUGUGGGGCAGCUGUGUUGCAUUGCCCUUGCUGUGGCUGAACUUCAAGUUUCCGGCCGUUCUCUGCUGCGGCCCAGCUGUGGCAAAGCUCACUUUUCUGUCGAUCCUGAACCGGGCUUCGCCUGACACAAUCUGGCCAGGUGGCCGGCUUCUGCUUAAAUGCUUCUGGGAUGCGCCGCUGCUAUUGAUCAGCUAUGCAGCCGAUACAGUAUUUUCGUCAGUUCUGCCUUGGCCUUUCUUUUUUAACGGCAAAAACGGAGAGCUGGUUUCUGACAUCGACGCACAGCUUUGCAUGGGUGGUCGGCCUCUGGCUCGUCAUGUGCCGAUCCUUUUGGAGCACGAGGUACAUUCCGUGGUGAACAUGACGGAAGAGUGGCACGGGCCGGUGGAGGUGUACAAACAACAUGGGAUUGAACAGCUGCAGCUGCCAACUCUGGACACCACACCGCCAAGCCUGGAACAUCUUCGUGAUGGAGUGGCGUUCGUCCGGGCACGCCUCAAAGCCACCGGUGGGCGUGGACGCAUCUACAUCCACUGCAAGGGCGGCCGCGGCCGUAUGGCAGCUGCUUGUCUGAUGGCGAACCAAGGCAUGGAUCUGGAGUCUGCGCUGCGGAUGCUCAAAGCAACGUUUUUGCGCUUCUCACAAGUCACGGAGGUACUGGAGGACAUUCACCAUUUCUUGGGUGAAGAGGCUCAAUUCCAGCGUGACAAAAGCCUAGCUGAUGAGCUGAACCAGCGCUUCCAAAAUGGAAUAAUCGUGAAACUCUUGGCCACGCGGCCAGGAGGUAUUCACAAGACUGGUUUCGAUAAAAAAGUUUCGCAAGUCUUGGGUCUUCGGCAUGGGCAGCAGCCGGAACACGAAGGCUAUUUGAGCUUGGGCUGGAAUUUGGACGAGUGGCCAAGGUGCAAAAACCACAGCUCCGGCCAUGGAAUCGCAGGGAACUGGUUUACGUCGGCCUCAUUUGUGAAUGAAGAACUUGCAAGUCCUUACCGACCUGGUGCAACGGACAACGAGUUGCGUGAAGCGGGGAUAUCCUUGUACGGCUGCAACCGCUACGCUUGUGGGAGGACCCCGGAGUCCCAUAAAAUCCUUGCCGUGUUCCAGCCCAACCCUAUCGUGGGUUGUGCCUUCAUCGAGGAUGCUGGCACGAAUCAGGCAGGUGAGUUCACUGGUUGCGCAGAAGAUUGGCGAGGCUCGGCCGGCUUGGAAGUAUCCAGGAUCUUCGAGGAGGCCAUGGUUCUUGGCGCGUGGACCGCAAGUUUCUUCCCCCGAAGCUCGACUUUAGUGGCCGCUUCGACCCAGAUGCGGCGGGCUUGA